AUGAAAGAUACUAAAGCUCUUUAUGUAAAUCGAGAUAUAAGAUACUUUAAUUUACAAAAUCCUAUGAAGGAUUCUUUUGGGGCAAGUGACGAAAGUACUAACGAUUUUGGCUGUCAAUUUAAUAGUAGAAAAGAUAAUUUGAUAUGUACAUGUAGAAGGAUAAAAAGGAAAGAAACAGGAUACUUUUCGUCUCGUCAAGUUUAUAGAUCUCAGAGAUACUUUAACUCUAAAGAUUUCACAGAUAUUGGAGUAGGGAGUGUUAAAACUUUGUAUAAAAACAGAGUAAAAAGAAUAUAUUUACCAGACUCUGAGGAUAGAGGAGUUGGGUCCUCCAAUUUGUCAUAUUUACAUCGACGAAAACGUUGGGUUGAUAGUUAUUAUGAGUUAAAGCAAACAUCUUCCAAGUGCGUCGGAGGUGCGAUGGAAGAAAGUAAAAUAUCUGUAAUUAGUAAGAAAUUAUCUCCAAUAAUUCAAACCAUAUCUGGUUCAACGAGUCCAACGGUUAUAAAUAUUAAAAAGAACGAUAACACAAGCAGCUUUGACAACAAACUAAAUGCAAAACCUUGUGAGAUAAAUAAAUGUUUAAUCCCAGAUACUCCUACACGAAUAAUAGAAAAAGACAUUAAGAGUAAUACAAUAGUGCCCAUUAAAAAUAAAACUAAAUCGACUAUAAUGAGUACAAUUGACGAUAUUAAAAAUUCUUCGUCAGAUUCCUUUUUGCAACAUGUUCAUAAUUUAGAAAACCCCAGUUACGAUAAACAAAGCAAAACGUCGGUGGAUCUAAUCAAAAAUAAGUUGGAAAGAGAAUAUAGAAAAAUAUUUUCUACAAAGCCAAAUGAUAGUAUAACUGAGAAACCAAUAACAGACUAUAAAAGUUCAUUUUUAAGAAGACGUUUUAUGGCUUUGAGACGUUUAGGGAAAAAUGAGGAUAAAAAUGAUUCAAUCGUAAUGAAAAUACCCAGCAAAUGCAGCGUUCCUAGUAGAAGAGAUGUAUCAAUUGUCUCUGACCCACCAUCAUUGGAAGCUCGGUCAUAUUCAAAUACUAAAAUGUAUAGUCCAAAUCAAUCCGCAGCAAAUACUUUAAAAAAGGAGACACAAAAAAAAGAAAUAUCAUCUAAUUGGUCAACAGAGAUCGUGGACAGUUAUUGUCAAGAUGUAAAGGGUAUGUUUAAACUAUGGGGAAAGAAAUUUAAUUUCGAAGAAGAUAAUUAUAAGAAAAUAUCACCUGAAAAUUGUACAUUUUCAAAGACACUGAAAAAGAAAGUAGAACUUGUAUUACCAAAAGAAGAGCAUCUGGAUACGGAGAAAAAGGGAGGAAAGAGAUUUUCAUUCUUUAGAAGAAAGAGUAAGGACAAAUCUAAAGCUUUUAAAUCGAAAAAAUGUGUAACAGCUGGUCGUUGUGAAGUAGGAGAUGGUUUAAUGAUAAAAAUAGGCAAUGCCAAUGAAUACAACCACGAUGAAACAACCACAAUAAAAAAAAUUGGAAGUAUUCCAGAAUAUGAUAUAUUAAGAAAGGAUUGGUUUAGAAGAUACUUACAUAAUAAAAUAGACUCGCAAAAUAGUGUUCAGAUAAGAUGGAACAAUAGUAUGUAUACAGCAAGUAGCAGCACGGUCUUCAAAUUGAUUGACUGCGUUUAUAAAAAUACAGGUAUUGUGUUUAAAUCCCGAAGUGAAAUAACAACGAGAGGAUCAUCUUAUUACUCAUAUAGACGUCCUCAAGUAAAUUUUAUGCAACAAAGCAUAGAAGCAUGGAUGAUACCGACUAUCACAGGAGAUUAUAUUCAACCAAAAAAUAAUAACAGGAUCGAGGUUACUGUCUCUAAUGAAAAAUGGUUUAUAGAAAAAUCUAAACCAUUUUCUCAAAAAAUUGAAUUGGUAUUACACUCUAAUCUACAAAAUAGAGAAAUAAGUUCUGAAUAUAUAAUAAUAGAUAUACCAAAAGGAUACUUUUCGGAUACAAGUAAUGGUGAAAAAACUGAUAUAACGAGUGAUGAGCUUGUUUAUAAUAUAGUAGAGUAUGAAAUGCCUAAUUCAAAAUCAUAUUUACCAAAGCAAAUCAAAGAACACAAAAUGGAAACUGGUGAUGCAAAAGAUUUGUAUUUUGCUAAGAGCGCGAUAAAUAAUAAAGACAAUGAGAGAAAGCUUUUAGAAAAAGUAAUUAAAAAUCCACCUCUUCAUAGAGAUGUGGUUAUUCAAGGGAGCGACGUCAGCUUUCCACGACGAUGUGAUGUUAUUGGUGUAGGAAUUAUCACGCAGAGAGACUUACGAGAUAUUGAACAACCGAUAUUAAAAAUAACUGAUGAGCCCACAGAUGAUGAAUCGAAACACAUAUUGCCUCCUCCAAAGACGUGUGAACUAGCAGAAAGUUUUUUACAAGAUUACUAUAGAAACUUUAGCCCUCUUGGUUUUGAUGUAUUCUCUUGGUGUAUAAGUGAUUCCAAAUUGCGUGGUUCUUCAGAAAAUAAUUCUUUAAAAAGCCUUAAUAAUCAAGGAGAUGGGUCUAAAUCAUGCCCGAACGUAUGUGAAGAUUAUUUAGCUUCCACUAUAGUAUCAUCUUGUGAAACUUCAUCUUGUACUCAUUGUAUUGCUCUAGAAGAAGAAAGAAAAGGGGAUACGAAAACUAUAAAGUUCUUUAACAAAUUUAAAAAUAAGAAGUCUACUGAACCAAUAUCUCAAGCAGAUGGUAAACGCAUACUACCGAAAGAUUCUUUGGAAGUUUUUAAGCGAAGGAAAAUAUAUGCAGCGAGUAAUAAAUCGAAAUGGAUUAACGAAUGUGAUAGACCAUUAGAUAAAUGUAUGCAAAAGGUUGGUUCUCCUAACGUAGAGAAGCCAUGCAUGGACGUGCGUCAAAAAACCAAAAAUUGUAAAAAGCAUGUUUCUUUGCAAGAUUGCGAUGUAAUGGAUGAAAUUUUAAGAGGCCAACUCUCCGAUAAAUGUCUUGAAGGUAUAUUAUCAUUUAAAGGCGCGGCCGGUUGUGAUCUUUGUAAAAAUCCACCGAGUCCUCAGCGUGCACGAGUUAUUCCAGACCCAAUAUGUGAAAUUCCUCAGCCACCCUGUAAAGACUCAUGUCUUAAAGAAAGAGAACCAUCCUGUUCAAAGAAGAACUCUCCGACAUGCAAUGUCCCAGCUCCACUUCCAUGCCCUGCGGAUCCUCCAGUCCCUUGUCAAAAAGCUUGUCCUCCAUUUCCUCCCCCAUGCCGUGUGUCACCUUGUGGCAAAUCAUCUUGCCCUAGUUUACUCCCUUCUCUGCCUAAAAACAAGCCUACCUCAUGCUCAAAGUCUUCAUCUCAAUCUAGUCCUCCUUGUUCACGCCCAAAACCAAUUCCACCAAAAGUUCAUUCACCUCUAAUUUCUCCUAGGCCUUCACGUCCUUGUGUAUGCCCAAAAAAACAGUCAAUACCUAGUACACCUAGUAUACCCAGAUGUCAUGUUCCUAAACAAAAAACUUAUUCAUCGCCACCGCCAAUUAUACCUCAAAAAAGUCCAAACUGUCAAUCUUGCAAUUCUGGAUGUAAAUCACAGCCUUCAAAAAUUGAAAAAGUUUGUAGCCAAGAGUUUCUUUGGCCAAUUAAAUCUCAAGUAUCAAAUACCCCAUCUAAAGAAUCUGGGUUAAGUCUAAAAAAGUGUCCACAACCAAAUUUGAUAAAGAAAACUUCCAGCAAAUGUAUGAGUGCAAUAAAACGAUUAAUCCAAAAAGUCUCAAGUUCAUCUAUUAAAGAUUGUAAGCCUGACUGUGCAAAUAGACGCAAAGUAGUCCCUCCUCCUCCAUACCCUCCGAAUACCACUAUAUCAAAUACACCAGCCCAUAAAACCAAAUGUGCACCGAAAAUGACUGGUCUACAUCUCAAAAAGCCCCCAAUGCUGAAAUGUCCGUCAAAAGAUUCUUUGUCAACCGUUGAUGAAGGAAUUAUACGCAUUAAUUCACGAGAAAAAAUAACCAUAAGACUGAGGCAAAAUACACCGAGUACAGCAGAAAUAAGAGAAGGUUGCAACAUAAAAGUUAAAGAUGAAGAUGGUCAAACACUUUAUGAAAGAAGGGACUAUAAAAAAAAUGAUAAAAAUAGAAUGCAAUUUGUUAAGGAUAUGUAUAGAGAUUCGCAAAUACAAAGAAUUGAUACAACAAAUCCAGAUAUUGUUCUGCAAGAAAACAAUUUAAAAAUCAAUGAAAGCAGUAGUGAUACUAGUUUACCUAAUAUUAUUGAAAUUAAUUUUAACUUAAAAUUUAAACAAGCUGACAAAACAACAGAAGUGAGUAUAAAGAAUUGUGGCGAUACAUCUAAAGAAGAGAAGAAACAAGAUGAAACUUUUCAUAACGAAUCCACAAAAGAAGUUUAUGUUCUCAAUGACCAAGCUAAAGCAAAUGAAGAAACUAAUAAUACUGAUAAAAAAGACGUCAGUAUAAAUAUUAUGAUAAAAAAUUAUAAAAUACCCAAUAAGAAAACAAACAAACUUGUUAACUUAAAAACUGACGAUUUUUCUAAGAAGAUAUCUGAGAAAUUCCAGACAGUAUCAACAGGUUACAGUGAUAUCAUAGAUCAACCAACAUAUUCUGUACAUCGAGCAACAGUUAACUUGUCAAAUUCUGAUAUCCACAAAGCAUCGAUUAAAUCUAGUAUAGAAUUACUUAACGAAGAACUUAAAGAACUCGAUUCUGUAAAAUUUACUAACUCCGACGAGACUGUAAAUCAACCUGUAUCAAAUAACAGGAGUUCAAACAUUGAAAAUCUAUUGAUUACUGAGACCGGCAGUCAAAUUAUACUGAGCAAAGAUAAUAUAUACACGACCCACGACGAAAAAUCUUCCACCAGUAUUUCUGUGACCGAUAAAGAUGUACAUUCAGAAACGAAAUAUAUAAAUAAUGACAUUGUUAUUCCUAAGAUACGUGAUAAAGAAGAAAAAAAGAAAAUGCUCAAGGAAAUAUUUGAAACAGCCAGUAAAGACAAACAAAAGAAUAAACAACAAAUACGUCAAAUGCUACGCGCUGUUCUAACUUCAGACAGUAGUGCAUAUGAUAUCGAAGUAAAUAAUGAACUAGUCAAAGAAUUAACGUAUGAAUCUUUAAAACCUAACUACUUUAAAGACUCUGAUAGUGUCACAAAUUAUUUAAACGGAACAUAUUCUGUACAAUCUAAUAAUAAAGAAUUUAAACAAAUAAUAUAUCCUACAGAAGGGAAUAACAGUGAAUGUAGUGACUCGGAUAAAAGUGAAAAUGGUGCUUGUGUAUGUAGCAAAUUGGCAGAAAAACUAAAAGUUACUGAAAAUAGUGCAGGAGGUUGUUGUUGUAGACGUAUUAAUAAGCGAGAUGAAGAAGUUACUUGCGAUUUAAAAGCCCGAUAUGUUGUUGAAACAAAAUACAUUGAUGUUAAGACUCAGAAUUCUAAAAGUAUAAGUAAAAAUGAAUCGUUCAUUCCUAAAUGUGAAUACAUAGAGAAAAAAGAAACAAAAAAUAGACAGUAUUCAUCGAAUUUACAAGUCAAAGCUUGUCAAAUUAAGAAACUCAACAAACGCACUAUACUGUAUGUUUCAGAUAAAGACAAAGUAGUUCUUUUAAGUACUCGAGAUUGUUCUAAAACUAAAAGAAUAGAACCGUUGGAUGUGUUACAGUUAUAUGAGACUAAAAAAGCAGUUUUAGAGAUUUACGCUGAAAAAACUUAUUCAGAAGAUGGCGAAAAGAUCGUGGCGAAACUGCCUAAGUUUGUUGGAAAG